AUGCCACCCACCGACAUCCCCUCCUUCGCGACGAGCCAGCUCUCUCUCCUCGACAAUGAGCUGCAAGCCGAACUCCAGGAAACACAACUCCUCACCUCCCUCCACGCUCCCACGACGCUCGCCCGUGCUGGCCUCGCAGUCCUGAACCUCACCGUCGCAUCCCAAAGAACAGGCUUCGGCGGCAAGACUCUGCUUGAGCUAGGGCCAGACCCGGCUGUGUCCAGUAAUGGGGAGCUGCCGGAGCAUGGGCUGCGGGUAGGCGAUAUCUGCGCUGUGGCGGAGCAGCCGAAGGGCGCGGAGAGGAAGAAGGAGCGGGAGGGGAUGGAGAAGAGGGGUGCGGAGGGCGUGGUGACGAAGGUGAAUAAGAGUGGAGUGACGGUCGCGCUGGAUAAGGAGGAUGUCGAUGUACCCGGGGGCAAGUUAUGGCUUGUGAAGCUCGCCAACGAUGUCACGUACAAGCGUCUGAACCAGACUAUGACGAGGUUGCUGAAGAUGCAGCCGGCGGAGCACAGUACCUUGACGCAAGUUCUUUUUGGCCAGACGUCUCCCACGCCGAUUUCUGAGGAUGAGUUGAAGAUGGAUGUACAGUGGAGUGAUCCUUCGCUGAAUGAUAGCCAGAAGGAGGCUAUUCGGUUUGCGCUUGCUAGCAGGGAGGUUGCUUUGAUUCAUGGACCGCCUGGGACUGGAAAGACUCAUACCUUGAUAGAGCUCAUUCUGCAGCUGUUGAAGCGGAAGCAGCGGUUACUGGUAUGCGGACCGAGCAAUAUCAGUGUCGACAACAUUGUCGAGCGACUGGCGUCGCAUAAAGUGUCGAUGGUGCGGUUGGGACAUCCAGCUCGUUUGCUUCCAAGCGUUCUGAGCCACAGUAUGGAAGUCUUGACCCGGACCAGCGAUGCUGCGGCUAUUGUGACCGAUAUCCGAAGCGAGAUGGACAGCAAGCAGGCAUCGAUACGCAAGACACGGAACGGACGAGAGCGCAAAGCCAUCUAUGGUAAGCUGAGAGAAUUGCGCAAGGAGUAUCGCCAGCGUGAAGGGCGUGUGGUCGGCGACUUGCUCCGUGAGAGUAAAGUGGUGUUGUCGACGCUCCACGGUGCCGGCGGAUACCAAUUGCGAGACCAGCGUUUCGAUGUGGUGAUCGUGGACGAAGCAAGCCAGGCUCUCGAAGCCCAAUGCUGGAUCCCAGUCCUCAGUUCCAGCGCACCAAGGCUCAUCCUCGCGGGUGAUCACCUGCAACUCCCGCCGACCAUCAAAUCCUCGAAUACAAAAGGGGCGAAGAAUCCAACCAAGACCAAGCCCAACACUGAUGAGACUGCCGAGAAGGCCUCGAAGGUGACGGUCAAGGAAAAGGAGGAGACUCAGGUGGAUGGCAAGAAGAAGGUUAAACAAGAUCCUGUUCGACUUGAAACGACGCUUUUUGACCGCUUGCUGUCACUCCACGGCGAGACGAUCAAACGCAUGCUGACUACGCAAUACCGCAUGCACGAACGGAUCAUGCAAUUCCCGUCCCGUGCAUUGUACGAGGGCAAGUUGAUGGCGGCCGAUGCGGUGAAGGAGAGAUUGUUGAAAGAUCUUCCCUACGACGUUGAUGAGACGGACAACACGUCCGAACCUCUCGUCUUCUGGGAUACCCAAGGCGGGGACUUUCCCGAAAAGACGGAAGACGACGAAGACAAACAGAGCAAGUCCAGCUUGCUGGCUGAGAGCAAGGUCAACGAUCUUGAAGCAUUGAUUGUGCGAGACCAUGUUGCGGGUCUGAUCGAUGCGGGUGUCAAGGCUGAAGACAUCGCGGUGGUCACACCGUACAACGGGCAGCUAGCACUCCUCUCACAGAUGCUCAAGGAUCGAUUUCCAGGCCUGGAGCUGGGCAGCGUGGACGGCUUUCAGGGUCGUGAGAAGGAAGCUGUGAUUGUCAGUCUUGUGCGAAGCAAUCCAGAGCAUGAAGUCGGUUUUCUGGGCGAAAAGCGCCGAUUGAACGUGGCCAUGACUCGACCCAAGAGACAUCUCUGUGUGAUUGGGGACUCGGAGACAAUCAGCAAGGGGUCCAAAUUCUUGAAAGAGUGGAUGGCAUUCUUGGAGGAAAACGCGGACCUGAGGUAUCCCAACCUGUCCGAUCUCUCGCAAGACGGAUGA